CUUGGAGUGAUCGACUUCAGAACUACUCGGACCUUCCUGCCAACAUGGAUGGCUUGUCUAUGAAAAAGUACAGACGGGAGGCCCAUCACAGGUACGGUUUCUGGCCUACAGUCAUGAUUUAUAGACCACUACAAGUAUCUUUAACCACUCAAAGUGUUUUGUGACCAUUAUGGCCUAUUUUUAAAAGUUGGUAUAAUUUCCCAUAAAUUGUUAGACAAACUAAUGUCUUUAUUAUCUUAGACAAGCUUAUCCUCUCUUUGAAACUGUAAGUAAUAUCACAGUUUAUGAGGGAAUAUGUACUUGCACCCAGUUGAAAUGAAACAGGUUCUGUAUGUGUGUUUAGAUAAGCUCAGGUCUUAGUACUAAGUGCUUCAAGGUAGAAUAGGGUGGAUGUUUGAAGUAAGGAGUCAUCAACCUCCAUGUGAUUGCUUCCAAAUUUGUUUAUCUGUUUUAAAAUCCUGUGAAUUCUUGCACAGUUUGUCUAAAUAAGAUAAGUGUUGUGGUAUAUGUGGAAAUUACAUGACCUUGUUGAUCAGACAAGAGGUAGAAAUUAUGAAAUGUAGCUCAUGUUGCAUAUAGCAGUACUAGAUUUAGGAGAAAAAAAAAAACAUUAUUUGUUUAGCUUUGUGUGUAGUAUCUUGAACUGUUUUAGGGAAUAUGCAAUAUCAGUCACCCUUUUCAGAAACAUGCCCAGGUCAGUGUUAAAGGAUGGCAUUAAAGAAUCUCACAUUUAUUGAUUAAAAGUCUGCAGUUCUUGAUAUUUUUAGAGUUACCUUCACAUUGCAUUGGAAUUGCUUGAUGGCUACAUGAGAUUAUAUUAGCAGUUACAGUGUGCUAUGCCAUAAGAAGCUGGACUUGAUUACCCACACAUUAUACAUGUUAAUUUGAUAUGACGUUAGUACAGUAGUAGCCUAACUUCUUGAACAGACAUUGUAAAGUCAUGGUAAUUUCAAAAUAAAAUUUCACUGAUCAUUUUACUGAAAAAUAUCCUGUAUUUUGGAUAUUUUGUUGUAUGCAAGUUUAGAUUAUGCUGCAUAGUUAACAGCUAAUAAUUUUACAGAAAUAGUUUUAAUGCAAAAUAGAACAAUGUUUGUUGUCUCUACACAUGUAAUUAACUGUUUCUCUGUGGAUGCGCUCUACUGUGAUUAUCUGUAUGUAAAUAAAAAUGUUGUCCAUAUUGAUUUGGAGGUGAGUAUGCUUUAACACAUUUAAAAAGAAUGAAGUGUACUUGUAACAUGAUUGCAUUGCUGUGUUGCUAUCUGGAAUUUUACUUUAUUCAUUUAAAAAUAGUUAAAUAGUGUUUGAGUGAGAUUGUAUGGAGAUAUUCAAUAAACGUUUUUGCAGUUUCCUGACAAUUUCCCUGUUUUAUAUAGAAUAUACUCUGUAGAAGAAACUCUUUGCUAGGUGCAUAUAAUAAGCCACGUUUCGAUAUGCUGAAAAAAGCUCAAAACAACAAAAACGGAGCUCUAAACUGGAUACGCUUUUAUUUUGUAAGAAAAAUGAGUAAAAAUCUAAUUGUGAGGAACAAUGUCAAUGUUGUGUUCUUUCUUACGCAGUCCAGUGCACUGCUAUUACUGUGCAGUGGCAAUAGCCAAUGUACACACUGUAGUAAUGUAUAGUACAUGUAUUCCUCUAUUACAAAGCUUACCACGGGAACUGGCCCAAUGUCAUCCUGCUAUGAGGUACGCCUAAGUUUUGUCAUUGACAUGAGGUACUGACUUUUGUAAUUGAUGUUUUGUCCACCAAAUCAUCAGCACUUUAUCUAAAAAUGUAGCGGAAAACUGUUCAUUCUUAUUUACUGAGCACUGUGCUGUGGCCUCUUUUAGGUGUUCAUAGGUAGACCAGGUUUUGGUCUUGAUGGGAUUUCGUAUAGUUUUUGUCAAUAGGAGCUUGGCAAUGGAGAAGAUAAAAUGCUUUGGCUUUGAUAUGGAUUAUACUCUAGCAGUAUAUAAGUCUCCAGAAUAUGAAUCCCUUGGUUUUGACCUGACUGUGGAGCGACUGGUGUCCAUUGGUUACCCACAAGAACUUCUGAAUUUUGUCUAUGACCCUGCCUUCCCAACCAGAGGCCUGGUAUUUGAUACUUUGUAUGGCAAUCUUUUGAAAGUGGAUGCCUAUGGUAACAUACUGGUGUGUGCCCAUGGCUUUAUCUUCAUGCGUGGGCCAGAGAUUAGAGAACUGUAUCCAAACAAGUUUAUCCAGCGUGGGGAUACAGAGCGAUUCUACAUACUUAAUACGCUCUUUAACCUCCCUGAGACCUAUCUUUUUGCUUGUUUGGUUGAUUUCUUCACCAGCUGCUCCAGAUACACUAGCUGUGAGACUGGUUUUAAAGAUGGAGACCUCUUCAUGUCUUUCAAGAGCAUGUUCCAGGAUGUCAGGGAUGCUGUUGACUGGGUACAUUUCAAGGGCUCACUGAAAGAAAAGACAGUUGAAAACCUAGAGAAAUAUGUCGUAAAGGAUGCCAAGCUGCCUCUGCUCCUUAGUCGCAUGAAUGAAGUGGGCAAAGUAUUCCUGGCCACUAACAGUGACUACAAGUACACUGAUAAAAUCAUGACAUACCUGUUUGACUUUCCUCAUGGCCCAAAAUUAGGCACACCUCAUCGGCCUUGGCAGUCUUACUUUGAUCUCAUUCUGGUUGAUGCCAGGAAGCCACUGUUUUUUGGGGAAGGCACAGUACUGAGACAGGUGGAUACGACCACUGGGAGGCUGAAGAUUGGAACUUACACUGGACCUCUGCAGCAUGGAAUUGUGUAUUCUGGUGGUUCUUCAGACAUUGUAUGCGAUCUUCUGGGGGCUAAAGGAAAGGACAUCUUGUACAUUGGUGACCACAUUUUUGGAGACAUCCUCAAGUCUAAGAAGCGGCAGGGUUGGAGAACUUUCUUGGUGAUUCCUGAGCUAGCUCAGGAGCUGCAUGUGUGGACUGACAAGAGUGCUCUUUUUGAGGAACUACAGAGUCUGGAUAUUUUCCUGGCAGAGCUCUACAAGCAUUUGGACAGCAGCAGUAAUGAGAGACCUGACAUUAGCUCCCUCCAGAGGAGGAUUAAGAAAGUGACCCACGACAUGGACAUGUGUUAUGGGAUGAUGGGUAGCCUGUUCCGUAGCGGCUCCCGGCAGACUCUCUUUGCAUCUCAGGUGAUGCGCUAUGCUGACCUGUAUGCUGCCUCCUUUAUCAACCUACUCUACUACCCCUUCAGCUACCUGUUCAGAGCUGCACAUGUACUGAUGCCUCACGAAUCCACUGUGGAACACACUCAUGUGAAUAUCAAUGACGCAGAGUCACCCAUGGCAACCCGUAACCGCCACUCCGUGGACUUCAGAGACUAUGAGUGUAAGAAGCACCAGCUGACCCGCUCUAUCAGUGAGAUUCAACCGCCACACCUGUUUCCUCAGACCCCACAGGAGAUCACCCACUGCCACGAUGAGGAUGAUGAUGAGGAAGAAGAGGAAGAAUAGGCAGGUUGUAGACUUAGUCAAGUGAGUGCCGGUCUUCUGUAAAUGUGGUUACAAAGAAAUUGGCUUGUUCAUCAUGGUGUUUAAAUAAGCCAUAAGCCUUCAACUAUAUACAUUUAAAAAAAAUUUGUUUUUCCGUUGUCUGUUCCAAAAUCUGGUUAUAUUUUUAGAAAUGUCGUUUAGUAAGUAUAAGAAGCUUCGAGGGUGCCUUCUGUUGUUCAAGCUUCAUUUUGUAAGUGAGAUUCACUUUGGAUGCCCACAGUGGAACCCUUACCAACCAGACUCCUUUCAUUUUCACCCAUGAGAAGGCCAAGUUCACUUGCAAUCAGAGCUUUGCUUCUCUGAGUCGUAACAAUGUAAAUGUUCCAUUUUGCGUACAUGACUAAUUUUGUAACCCAUCACUAUGCCAUUUGCAUGAUUGUGAGGGAUCAAAUGCAACAUUUGUCUUACAGGGCCAGCAUUUUUUUUUUAGCAGACCUUUAAAUAGCUGCAUGCAAUGGCUUUAGGUUUCAGGUGUUAAGUGAGCCUCAAAAUUGCAACCAUUGUGGAUGAUGAUGCAUUAUUCCUAGAUUCCUCACCACAUCUACCAGAGCCUACCGUAAACAGUGUUGACUCAUAAUGAAGCUUCUCCUACUUAGAUUUCCGAGUGUAUAUUUGCAAUGCAUUCUACAUUGCAGAAUUAAGAUGUGUACAGCUUUUAUCUUGCUGACUUUGUUCAUUGUUUCCAUUAUAGGAAGGUUUGCUUACUAUGGUACUAUUACCUAUAUGGUUCAUUGUUAGUAUUUAGUUAAGUACUGUUUUGUCCAAGAAGCUGGAAAUGGAUUACAAUCAACAACUGUUAUAUGCAUCUGAAAUGAAUGCAGCCAAGAUUUAAAUUACUCUGCAACUGCACUAGACUGGCAACUCUGUCUAAGCAGCCAUAACAGUGGAGUUUAUGGUAUUUGUUCUCAGCAUGCAGAUUUAAGACUGCUUUACUACCUAAACUGUAGAAGAUAAUUUGGGCCUCUAAAUCUGUGUGUAGCUGUGCACAGUACUGGGGAAGACCUGCAUUGCAGCUUUACAAUUUACUUUUUUGUUAUUAUUAUUUGCUGUAAAAUUGCUGUGCUGUUUUUAAUGUCCUUUUACUUGAGUGCUUACUUGUGAAAAUUAUUGCUUGAACACUGUAGUCCGUGCCAUCCAGUACUGUAGUGAUUAGAAGAGAGAAAGCUCUAUCUUUACUGAGGUCCACUGUUCUGAUGUCCAGCAUGUCAUGGACACUAAAAUGUGUACCAGAGGGAGAGAAUCUGAAUUGUACUCAUUCAUGUUCAUCAGGAGCAAAUUCUUGACUGUUGUGCUGGACUAAAGCAUACAGAUAUUGUUCCUCUAACUAAACCCUGUGCAUUUAUGCCCAGUCCCACAGGAGACUGUUUGUACCACAUACAUUCAGUUUAUAUAGAUGUAAAGUAAUCCUAUCAGACAUACUAAAAUUAUAACAGGGCUAAAUAUUAUGUAAGCAGCAUGGAUUUGUUUAUUUUGAGUAGAAACAUUUGUUAUUUAAAUGACUGAAAGGUAAGAUGUAGUAUGUUGCUUUGUUCUUAUCUUUUGCUUUGACAUGUUAACAUGAUGCACUGUUUAAUGCAGACAUACAAAUGGAUGUUAUCUAUUCACCCUUAAACAAUCUCACUAGUAUUCCUGAAAAUAUACAUUUAAUUGCACUGAAACUGGAUGAUUUUCCCUGAUUGCUCUGAUAUAGGCUGAUAGCAGCUAUAUAUACAGAACCAAAGAAUGCUUUGGCUUUAUGCCUGUGCAUGAGUUUACUAGGUCUACAUCAGUCAUAAUGGCUUGUAAAUUUAUCAUGUAUCGGAAGGGCACAAUAUUUGAGAGAACGGUGGCUUACUUGGAGUAACUUAAGUUUCUUUAACCUAGUUAACCUUCCACCAGAUGAUUUUCACCUGUUGUUAUAUGUAGAUUAGAGGUGUGAUCUCUUUAUCCAGAAAGGGACAUUCUUUGAUGGAGGGUCUAUAUGUAUAUUUUUCACAUUCUAAUUUGGUUUAAGCUUUUUUUUAUUGAUCAUUGUGCUAUCGGUGAGACUGACUUUCUGUUGUUUUUUGUGCCUGCACAAAAAAAACCCAGUGUUAUCAGAUGUGUCCUAAGUACAGCCUCAUUUCAUCAUAGUGAUUUAGCCUUGAUUUCCAACCAAUGAUAUCACCUAUGAAUCACUAUAGGCGCAGUCUUCCCUUUUUGGGGGAAGGCAGAACAUGAAUUUUGAUAUGUAAUUUCCCAGUGUCAGAUUACACAUAGUGAGUGCAAUCACCUAAACUGCUUCACUUUAUUGCCCACAAAUUUUAAAGCAUGUAUGAGAUUCUGUAAGAGGAUACUGAACAAUUCUUGCAGAUGCAGCUGUAGUUAAACAGUGACGGUGCAUUCAGUUGUAAUCAUGUUGGUUCAGUAUAGAUCUGCUCAUUUGCCUUUUUCCUCACUUGUAAUAUGCUUGAGUCACAAGAGACGAGGCUCACAGUCUGAACACAUUUAAAUGACUGAAGAUUAGGUGGUGACCUGUAAUUGUGGAUCACUUGUUUAGUUUCCUUUUUUUGCUGUUCAGUCAAAUGUUUGCAUGCAUGUUAGAUUUUCACUAGCUUUAUUUUUCCAUAAGAAACUGAGAAAAAAGGAUGGAUUAUGGGUAACAUAUUUCUAAUAUGUAAUGUUACUGUAGAAAUAAAGCCAAUUUCCCUCCUAA